GGGCACAAAUCGGACAAACGACAAAACUAGAGAAAACGAAAUCACGGUGAAGUACAUGAAAACCCAAAUUGAAGGGUCACUUACUCACUUCCCUUCUGUCAGGCAAUAAUUCAAACAGGUUGUGCGCAUGUUAUUGAUUCACAUGGGCGGUACAAAAAAAAAAAAAAAAAAAAAACCACCAAAAAAGGACAGAUCUUUCGCUGCCGGCUCUUUCAGGGGAAAGCCAGAGCAUCUCCCUCGACUCUCUAGUGGCCAAUUAGUACUGCGGUAGAUGUAGAAACCAGUAAAUAGCAUUGCAAAGCAAACAGUAACGGCAUCUUUUUGUUUCCUUUUGGAACUUGUUGUAGUUUUUUAAUCCCUCCCCUUUACAUCAUUUGGGGAAUUCCUCUAAUCGAUUAAAUAAUCGAUUGUCCAUAGCAUGAACAGCAACGUAAAUUCCAACACCUACCACCACCCACUAACUCAGAAUGGAAAGGACCCAGAUGGUAGAUUGCAGUCGAUACCAAUAUAAUACGAAGAAAAUUGCGAAUUGGAAUGGUGGGACUGGUGGAAUUCAUGCACCAGCUGCGGAAUUAAUGGCGGCGGGGGCCAUCGGCACAGUAGCUGCGAGCUCUGUGGCCGUCCGCCUCCGUCGUAAGAGAGGAAUCGAGAUUUGGCCGAUACUGGCGGGCCGGUCAGCGGAGGCCACGUGGUCAAAUACUGAUGGCCGAUUGUCUGCCGGUCAGCUCAGCGGGACUGAACGGGCAAGGCGGCGAGGCAUGCAGAGCCGUACGUCGCGUCGUCCCUUCUUACUCCGGUUUGAUCAUUUCAAGUAAAAAAACAAAAUUGCACGAUCAGUCCUUGAACUCUUGCAUUCGGGCAGUUAAGUACUUGGAUUUCACAUUCCUCUAUGAAAUUUAAUUUUUAUGGUUAUCCAACGCGCCAUCAAAGCAAUCAAUUACGCGAAUCAAUUAUCUGUCAUCCUAUCUUGAUGAAUAAAAUGCUAGUUCGAAAAAAGAAAAAGAAAACUUAAAUUCCUACACCAAUCACGAGGAACACGAUGAGGGCAACGCAAUCAAUGAAUGAAAAAAGGACACAAAUUGUAUAUUGCAGUUGUUACCCGUUUAGCAAAAAAGAGAAGAAAUUUUUUGCAGAUAACUAAUAAGAAAUUGCGGUCGGAAAUGAUGGGUUUCGUGGAAAAUGGAAUGAAGGAUCGCGAUUACACUGGCAUUCAUGCACCUGGGCCUUACGCGGAAGGAAAAAGGCUUGGGCCUUGGAAUUAAUGGCGGAGCUGUCGCCGUCUGCCAGCACAGCGGCGAGGCAAGCUAGUUGGUUGUUGGAUUGGGCCGGUCAAGCGGCGGCCACGUGGUCAACUGCUGAGGCCCGAAUGUCGGCCGGUCAGGACUGCACAAAGGAAGGCGGCAAGGCAGGGCAUGCAGAGCCGUACGUCGCGUCGCCUUCGACUCCCGGUUUGAUCAUUUUGCUUACCAAAUUGUGAGUUCGACUCAAAUAGAUGCUCUCCUGCUCUAGCUCACUUCCCCAUUUCACAAGUCGGUAACUUAAAUUUAAUCCGACCAACGAGUCUGGUCAAUAGCUAGUCUUAAGGAUAGUAACUAUUAUAGCUAGGGCUGUCAAUUUGAUUUGGUUUGACUAACCAAAUCAUUAAGUAUGAAAAACCAAAAACCAAAUUCCAAAAACCAAAACCAUUAAGGCCCUUUUUGGUUUUGGUUUGGAUAACCAAAAAACCAACAUGUACUCAUACACUCAUAUUUAUUCCUAUUUCCCUCCUUUUUAUUGAAUAAACGUCAUAAUAAUGGUAAAUGGUCAUAACAAAUUAUUGGUUGGUAUGCGUGUUUAAAGAAACAAAAAAAAUAUUUGUUGAUAAAUAAUUUUAUUCUUAUUAGUUUCUGUUGGUUUUUCGGUUUUAACCAAACUAAAACUAUUAAAUUGCUUAUUGGUUUAAAACCAAAAAACUAAAACCAUUAGCUUUUCAAUUGGUUUGGUUUCAUUUAAAACCAAAAAACCAAAACCAAAUAGACCGCCCUAAUGCUGGAGGAAGAAACAAAACUUGGGUCAAUUUUGGAGUCGCCAAGUUUUUGUUCAUUAUCUAUCUUUCAUCCAUCACUGUGCAUUCUUCCCACCUUUGUUUCUUCUUCCUCUUCAUGUCCAUUUUCUCUUCUCCCACCUAUAACGCUUUUCUUGACUUAAAUGCCUCCUCUGAAUAAAACAAAAAAAAAUUC